AUGCUCAAGAAGGUUACGGUGGGCUUGUUUCUUGGGUUGGCGGUAGGGGUAUAUCGGGCCAUCCAACCUCCACCUCCAAAGAUUUGUGGUACACCAGGUGGUCCUCCCAUUACAGCACCUAGAGUUAAGCUGAGGGAUGGGCGGCGUUUGGCCUACAAGGAGCAUGGUGUGUCUAGAGAAACUGCCAAAGCUAAGAUCAUACUUGUUCAUGGCUUUGCCGAUACAAAACAUGGCAUGAUGAGCCUGACAAACAUGGUUCCGGAAGUUGUUGAGGAGCUGGGGUUGUACUUUGUGUCCUUUGACCGGCCGGGUUAUGGAGAAAGCGAUCCAGAUCCCAAGCGAACUCCAAAAAGUAUAGCCUUGGAUAUAGAAGAACUUGCUGAUCAUUUAGGACUUGGAUCCAAAUUUUAUGUGAUGGGGUUUUCCUUGGGAGGCCAAGUGAUUUGGUGCUGCCUCAAGUACAUCCCUCACAGGCUAGCCGGAGCAACAAUAAUUGCGCCGGCCGUCAACUACUGGUGGCCUGGCCUUCCUGCCAAAUUAUCAAGAGAAGCCUACUACCGACAGAUGCCACAGGAACAAUGGGCAUUACGUGUUGCUCGCUAUACUCCAUGGCUCACCUACUGGUGGAACACUCAGAAGUGGUUUCCUUCAUCAGCUCUUAUAGCCCAGAGGCCUGAAAUUUGGUCCGGCCAGGAUUUACAAAUCCUUUCCAAAAUGGUUCAAGAGGAAGCCGAAACCUGGCCACCUGCAACAUUGCAAGGAGAAUUUGAAUCCUUGCAUCGAGACUUGAUGGUUGGACUUGGGAAGUGGGAAUUUAAUCUCAUGGAUCUUGAAAAUCCUUUUCCGAACAAUGAUGGGUCGGUUCAUAUAUGGCAGGGUGAUGAAGAUGUAUUGGUGCCUGCUAGCUUGCAGCGAUGUAUAGCCCAAAGACUUCCAUGGAUUAACUACCAUGAGGAUAGAUUAAACACACCAAGUGGAAGACCACAAGGCGAAAAGGCACAAAAGAAGGCUGCAAAAGUGGACAGCCGACUGGGAGAAACAAAACAAACAAAGAGAGAUGCAAAAGAUAAGAGUAGAAAAGCGAAACAAGGAAUUAGCACCAAACUCCAUAAUUUGAAAGGAGGAAUAGUUCAUCACAAUGGAAUGCUUGAGGAUCACAGAGGGAUGCUCAAGAAGAUUACGGUGGUCUUGUUUCUUGGGUUGGCGGUAGGGGCAUAUUGGGCCACCCAACCUCCACCUCCAAAGAUUUGUGGUACCCCAGGUGGUCCUCCUAUUAGAGCACCUAGAAUCAAGCUGAGGGAUGGGAGGUAUUUGGCCUACGAGGAGAGUGGUGUGUCAAGAGAAUCAGCCAAAGCUAACAUCAUACUUGUUCAUGGCUUUGCCAAUACGAAACAUGACAUGAUGAGUCUGUCAAACAUGGUUCCGGAUGUUAUUGAGGAGCUGGGGUUGUUCCUUGUGUCCUUUGACCGGCCGGGUUAUGGAGAAAGCGAUCCAGAUCCCCAGCGAACUCCAAAAAGUAUAGCUCUAGAUAUAGAAGAGCUUGCUGAUCAUUUAGGACUUGGAUCCAAAUUUUAUGUGAUGGGGUUCUCCAUGGGAGGCCAAGUGGUUUGGGGCUGCCUCAAAUACAUUCCUCACAGGCUAGCCGGAGCAACACUAAUUGCUCCUGCUGUCAACUUCUGGUGGUCUGGCUUUCCUGCCAACUUAUCAACAGAAGCCUACAACGGACAGAUGCCACAGGAACGAUGGACAUUACGUGUUGCUCACUAUACUCCAUGGCUCACCUACUGGUGGAACACUCAAAAGUGGUUUCCUGCAUCAGCUUCUAUAGCUUUGAAGCCUGAAAUUUUCUCUCGCCAGGAUUUACAGCUCCUUUCCAUGUUUACUGAAGAAACCAGGCCACAACCAACACUGCAAGGAGAAUUUGAAUCCUUGCAUCGAGACUUGAUGGUUGCGUUUGGGAAAUGGGAAUUUGAUCCCAUGGAUCUUGAAAAUCCUUUUCCGAACAAUGAAGGCUCGGUUCAUAUAUGGCAGGGUGAUGAAGACGUAUUGGUGCCUGCUAGUUUGCAGCGAUAUAUAGCCCAAAAACUUCCAUGGAUUAACUACCAUGAGUUGCCUGGUGCAGGACAUAUGUUCCUCUGUAUCCCGGAGAAAUUCGAAGAAAUGAAUUGUUGCAAUGAGACUGGAUUUAUACGCUACUUUUGA